AUGUCGGAUUCAAUUGAUCGUGUGUUUGUCAAGGCCAUCUCCACGAUCAAAACACUUUCGGCUCGCAAAGGCCCAGGAAGCCUUCCUCAGCCACCUGUAGAUAGUCGUAUCAAACUCUAUGGUCUUUAUAAACAAGCGACAGAGGGAGAUGUAGAGGGCAUAAUGCCUCGGCCUACCGGUAAAUCCCCAGAAGACGUCGCUGAUCGACGCAAGUGGGAAGCCUGGAAAGAGGAAGAGGGUGUUUCGAAGACCGAAGCUAAGCGCAGAUAUAUUGCAUUUCUUAUUGAGACAAUGCAUACAUAUGCUAGCGAAUCCCAAGAAGCAGUUGAAUUGGUUUCUGAUUUAGAGUAUCUUUGGGACCAAAUUAAAGACCUGCAACCUAGCUCUUCGGAUGACUCCGCUACAGGUGGUGUAGGGUCUUCAAUUUUGAGCCGACCGCGUCACCGACACCAUAAACAUCGCACUCGAACGAUUUCCGAGCAAGAUAUAGCAUCAUCCCCAGGUUCUAUUGCUCACGACAAUUCCCCUGCACCGUUGACUGCAUCUAAUCUUAGAUCUUACAAUGAGCGUCAGCAGCAACAAGGAGCUUCAUCAUACUCAUCAAUUGGCAACCAGAAAGACAAAAUUGCAAGCCUUCGCAAUGCUCAACAAAGAGCUAGUGGAACAUCUUCCUAUUACCCAUUACCUGAAAGUACUCUUGGUAUCCCGCCUUCAGCACUUGGCAUGUACCGCGCGGAGUCGUACCUGAGUGGCCGAAGCGUUCACUCUACAACACCUAAACCAAGCUCGGGUAAAGGUAAAGGAAUGCAAAGAAGCGAUUUUAAUCAAACAAAAAGAUUAAGUAGUCUUCAAGAAGGUCAGCAGUUUAUAGGUCAACGUCAUGGCCGAGAUCUUGACGAAAGUCACUCACAAUUAGGACCUGGAGUUAGAGAGGAGGAGUUUUAUGAUGCUAGGGUUUUGGAAAGCAGCAGUGAGGAUGUUUCCAAUUUGCGUGAGGAAAACCUUGAAAUGAAAAAAUGGCGACGUGACGUUAAUUGGGCUUUGGAAACUAUAAAUGAGGAAAUUAUGGCCAUUAGGCAAAGAUAUGGUGUUGUUCCACUUCAUCAGCAGCAACCUCCGUCUGGCUCUGGUGGAGACCAACGCUCGAAAAAUAAACGACUUAAACAACGCAAGGAUUCAUCUACCACAAUCACUGAUGAUAGCGAUAUUUACCGAAAUGGUAUUAUAUAUACAUCUUUGGUUAAAUUUCGACGUGUUCUUUCGAAGUUUGGUCUAGUAUCUGACAUAGAUAUUGACCCAUCAUCAUCUACGUCGUCAUCGAUAGAAUCAUCAUUUUUUUCUUCUCCGGGCUCCGCAUCUCCACCAAAACGCAAGUCUUGGCUUUUAAAACUUUUGGGAUCAUUAUUUUGUGCAUUACGUCGAGCUAUCAUUGACGCUAUUGUUAUCCAUUUGCUCGUGUUUUUGGUUGUAAAAUAUAUUCAGAGAUAUCCCCAAAGCAUUCAGGGAAAUACCAUCUUUUCAAGGGGAUUACGGUCCUGGGAUGAUAUGCUACGAAAUUUAUUGAUUUCAGAUCUUCUGUCAAAUAAUGCAUACAGCACUGAUUUUAAAAGUGUUCGCACGAAUUUUAUUACUAGAAUUAGAUCAAUUAGCGAUAGAUGA